AUGACCACCAACGCCCGCCAAAAUGGCUACGUCGCACCCACAGGUGGCUACAAAGGUCAACACAUGCUCAAUGCAUACAGCCAAGUCGGCCAGGGCCACGGCGCUCAGUACCUUCCCCGAGGUCUGCCCAUGUCUCCCAACGGUGAUGCUGGUUUGCAAGGUCUGACAAACACCAUGGCAGCGCUCAACAUGCACGCUCCCUACGGCUCGUCUGGAAACCACAAGUCUGCCGGGUCCGGUAUGACUGCUAACUCCUCCGAGUAUGGUAACAUGCCCAUGUCGCAGGGCCAAGGCCUCUGGAUCCCGAAUCAGCACGCUCUCGGCUCCAUGUACCAGGUGCUCCCUGGAGGGCAGCAACAAGCUGCCAUGGCACACUCUACAGCCAUGUACAACCACAACGGCACUUUUGACCCGCAGACCGCGUACCAGUACGGCCAAGCCGUCGUUGGACAUAGCCCCAUGGCACCUGGCUGGGCCUCCCGUAUGUCCUCUGGGGACAUGCCUUCGCUCAUGACCCCCCGACGAGACUCUGUGUCUUCCAACGAGAAUGAUAUCCCUGGCACACCGUUCGGUAGUGGUGGUAUGUACCGUUACGGAGCUGGCGCUACGAUCAUGGACCGGUCGCCCAGCGCCGUCUACACGAGCAGUGCAACCCCUUCGCCGUCACAGUUACCACACUCGUACCAGUUGAUGGCUCCCGUUCAGAAGCAGCAGAUCAUGCCUACUCUUCCUCCCCAUCUGCUGGCUUUGGUGCAUCAGGAGCCUCCCAUCCCACGCGCAAUCCCUGCUCCUAAUUCUCCACACAAGCCUCUCGACCGCAGCCUGGAGAACAAGUCUGGCGAGACCAACGUCUACAUCCGAGGUCUACUGCCAGAAACGACCGAUGAGAUGCUACAUGGUUGGGGCAGGCGCUUUGGCGACAUCCAGAGCUCCAAGUCGAUCAUCGAUCUCAAGACUAACCUAUGCAAGGGUUUUGGUUUCAUCAAGUUUCACAACUUUGAAGAUGCGGAGGACUGCAUUCGUGGUUUCCAUUACCUGGGUUAUGAAGUCAGCUUCGCUCGAGAAUCAUUUUACUCGAAGCUCAAGAAGUUCUCCGACGAUGGCAACACCAACCUCUACGUAUCCAACAUACCCAAGAACAUGAACGAACAUGAGCUCGCAUCUAUCUUCGCCCCACACAAGGUCUGCUCGAGCAGAAUCCUUCGUGAUCUCAGUGGCACUGGCCGCGGUGUUGGCUUUGCUCGCUUUGAGUCUCGCGAUAUCUGCGACGAGGUCAUCAAGAGUUUCAACAACACGCCUGUUUCCAAGCCCAACGGCGAGGAGCAUCUCAUUCAAAUCCGCUUUUCCGACACUCACGAGCAGAAGAUGCUGAAGCAACAGACAGCAGCAGGCCGUGUCUUCCGUGCUGCUGAGUACGAAGUCGGUGUUGCUCAGGCUAGGGCGUUGGGCACACCUGAUCGUUAUGAUAACGUCUCUCCGGUAUCGCAUAGCGCUGGAAGCGAGUUCGAGAUGUUCAUGCAGCGUGGUGCUUACCGUCAACCCUGGGCUCCGGCCAUUCCGUCUACACUUGGUACCUCCCGCCCAGCUAUGUACCACGUAUCCCAGCCCGGUGCUGUCAACAGCGAUGACGGCACAUCUGAGAAUGGCAUCGAGACCAAGACAAACCCCGCGACACCCGUCAAAGCUGACAACACGGCUGACUCGCCUGCUCGUCAAGACGAGUAG